GCUGAUUUUAAAGCUGUUGCGGAUAAUAUGGACAAAGAACUAUACGAUCUGGGAAUCCAAACAGGAGCCCUGGAAGAACGUAUAGAUGAGCUAUUUGCAGCAAAGAAUGACAUGGUGGAUAAGAUCCAAAAUAUGGCGUCAGAUUACAAGCGCUUACAGGAGAAGGUGGCAGAUUUGGAGGACCGAUCCCAUAAUAACAUCCGCGUGUGUGGGGUCCAAGAACCAAUACAAACCAACUAA